UUUUUGUAGAACUGCCGAAAUCUGAAUGCCGAUUCGGUGUGUUUGUCGUUUAUUAAAAUAUAUUUUUCGUCGUUCAUUAGAAUUCGAUUUAAAAGUAUGCGCUGUGACAAAUUAUAAGCAUUUCAUUUUUUAAUUUUAGAUAAUAUUGAUAGAAACGGUUUUCAAAUUUAACUUUAAUUUAUAUUACUUGCAACUGAUUUAUUGAUUACAAAAUUUAUUUAGAUUCAAACUUGGAUUUUAUUCAUUAUAUAUCUUAAUUAAAACUUAUUAGUUCAUAAAAAUUUUACUGGUAUUUUUAUAUUAUUGGAUUAAACCGAAUUACCCAUUAAUUAUGAGUGAGGCAUCAAAAAAUCAAGGUGAUCAAUCUAAUGUAGAAAUUGAAAAGACCAAAAAAAAACGUAAUAAGAACCGUAAGACUAAUAUUAAAGCCGAACAAAGCACUCAAAAUGGAACUGUUGAAGAGGCAGCAUUACCGUCUACUAUUUCAAUUCAGGAUAUCCAGAAAGCCAUGGAAGUGUUUUCACUUCAGCAAAGAGCUGCCAAAACUCCUGAAGAAGCUUUACAUAAACAGUAUCGGUUUUGGUACACACAACCAGUACCUAAAAUGAGUGAGGUUGUUGUUAAUGAUGGUCCAAUUGAAGCUGAUAAAACUUUGGAUGAAAUCAGAAAGGAACCUUAUACAUUACCUGACGGUUUUCAAUGGGACACCCUAACUCUAGAUGAUCCAUUUGUUUUAAAAGAACUGUAUACUUUAUUGAAUGAGAAUUAUGUUGAAGAUGAAGAUAGUAUGUUUCGUUUUGACUAUCAGCCUCAUUUUCUCAAAUGGGCUCUUCAGCCUCCUGGUUGGUUAAAGGAAUGGCAUGUGGGUGUCAGAGUUACAAAGAGCAAUAAACUUGUAGGCUUUAUUAGUGCCAUUCCAGCAUUGCUCAAUGUUUAUAAUAAAUCUCAAAAAAUGGUUGAGAUAAACUUUCUUUGUGUCCAUAAGAAAUUGCGUAGUAAAAGGGUAGCUCCAGUUUUAAUCAGAGAAAUAACUAGACGUGUAAAUCAAACUGGUAUUUUUCAAGCUGUUUAUACAGCUGGAAUUGUUUUACCAAAACCAAUUGGAUCAUGCAGAUAUUGGCAUCGAUCAUUGAAUCCAAAGAAGUUGAUUGAUGUAAAAUUUUCACAUUUAAGUCGUAAUAUGACUAUGCAACGAACAUUAAAAUUACAUAAGUUACCUGAAUCAACACAUACUCCUGGUUUUCGUAAACUAACUGAAAAGGAUUUACCACAGGCCAAAACUCUAUUAGCAAAUUAUCUUAAAUCUUUUGACUUAUCUCCAGCGUUUUCAGAAGAAGAGUUUAAACAUUGGUUUUUACCUCAAGAAGGUAUUAUUGAUGCCUAUGUGGUUGAAAAUAAUAAUAGUAUCACAGAUCUAGUCAGUUUUUAUACACUUCCAUCAACAAUUAUGCAUCAUCCUACAUAUCGUACAUUAAAAGCAGCUUAUUCAUUCUACAAUGUUUCAACCAAAACACCAUGGAUAGAAUUAAUGCAAGAUGCUCUUAUAUCAGCUAGAGAUGCAAAUUUUGAUGUGUUCAAUGCCUUAGAUUUAAUGGAUAAUAAAGAAUUUCUUGAACAACUUAAAUUUGGUGUUGGUGAUGGUAAUUUACAAUAUUAUUUGUACAACUGGAAAUGCCCAGAAUUAAAUAGCAAUAAGAUUGGAUUGAUCUUGCAAUGAUUAUCAAAGAAAAUGUGUGACAUUUAAAAUUCUUAUUUUGAAAACUUUCUUCUUCUGUGUUAUAACUUUUGAUUUAACAAGAAACAGAUUAUAUUUAUAUACAUAUAUAAAAUUGUACUAUACUAAAUUAUAGUGCUAAUUUAUUUUUUUUUGCUAAAUAUUAAAUAAAAUUUACCUAUGUGUAUGCAUAAUCAGGUAUGGAAUACUAUAAAUUAAACAAUAAUGUUUAUUUAUGAAAAAUAUAAUAUUUCAAGUAUUAUUAUCACAAAAACAUUUAAUUUAAAAAAUUGUUAUUGAUCUUGGAUUUAUUUCUAUUAAUUAUAUAAUUGUCUUAUGUUACCUAUUCCAAAUACAAUCAUAAUCUUUUUGUAUA